AUCCAAUUUUUUGUGCAGCCCUGCAUCCACCUACGGGCUUUCCUAAGGCCCGUCUUCGAUCCUCUCUUUACUUCCCGACUCACCGUACUUUGACGCCGGAAUUUCCGAUAAUUCUGUGACCUUCAACUAUGAGCAAUGGUCUGAGCUAAAGAUGAAGAAAUGUGCAGAAUGUUGUAAACAUAUUUUUGGGUCAUUCUACCUUACGUUUUCGACUUUCCCAAAUUCGCUAGGUUCUGCUUCAACUAGAUCCGUUCCUUAAUGAACUGACGAGCAUGUUCGAGCGAAGCACUGAGAAGGGCUCUGUUUGGGUUACUCUUAAACGAUCCUCGUUAAAGUCUAAAGUGCAGAGGAAUAAAUUGGCUUCUGCUGGUGAAACAAUUGAGUAUAGAUGUCUCAUUCGCGCUACUGAUGGGAAAAAGACGAUUUCUACUUCAGUUGGACAAAAAGAUCACCAGCGCUUUCAAUCUUCCUAUGCAACUAUACUGAAGGCCCACAUGACUGCUCUGAAGAAGAGAGAAAGGAAGGACAAGAAGAAGUCUGCAGAAACUGAUAAAAGACAAGGCAGUUCAAAGAAAGCCAAGAAGGCUUGAAUUUGGAGACUUACCCUUUUGCUCGGAGUUUCAGUCCAAACCUACAAGAAGACUAUUGUUUUUUCAGUGCCAGGCCUUUGAUUUUUCUUUCCUCCUUUGGAAGUGAAAACGAAAAGCUAGAAGAAUUCUUGCAAUUUUGAUCAAUUUGAGGAUUAAGGUAUACAACUAAUCACAUUUAUACCAUUUUAAGUAAAAGUAGUUGCUGAAGUCGCUUUUGUGUGGAGUUUUCAUGCAUAACAAAAACAGAUAUUUACUGGUGCAUUAUACACACCCGCAUGAAAAAACUAGGAGCUAAGUCUAUAUGGAUGCUUUCGUCAUAAGCAGUACUUCUUAGAGAGACUAAAGAGAAUAGUUCAAUACCUUAAUCUGCAUCCAAAAACGCAUUAGCUUGGCUUGGAUGGUGAAAAAAGUGGGAAGAAAAUAUGAAGAAGAGAAAACUAGGUGAGAUUUUGUUAUUUUUACGUUAGGAGUUUUCCCUUUUAAUUUUCUUUCCUCCUUUUUUUCUCUCCAUUCAAAUUAAGGUUUAAGUUCAAAUAAUUGUCUUUUUCUG